AUGGCAGGUGGAGGAAAGCCCAAGUUCUAUGGAGUAGCCGCCGGACGCAAACCAGGCGUGUAUACAGAUUGGCCGACUACGCAAGCGCAGAUUAGCGGUUUUAGUGGUGCCAAACACAAAAGCUUCAAGACGAAAGAAGAGGCCGAGGCUUUUGUUCGUGGCAUCAGCGCACCCAUCAGUCUACGAGGAGAUCUGUCUGCAUCCAGGUCCCCAUCGGCGACAGAUCAUCUGGACAGGAGCACGGAGGUAUCAGAGAGUGCACCCAAGCGCCAAAAGAAGGAGGAUGCAUCGCCAGCACCCCUCAUAGACAACCAAAACAUCAAGUUCGAGCCUGGCCUCGGCCCCCUCCCGCUCAACGCAGUAGAUGGUUUCGACCCGAGCCUCAAGCUCGACGACAAAACAGGCAACAUCAGAGUCAAGACAGACGAGGAACUUGGGAAAAGGAAGAGACAGCCGACAGGGGAUUUUAAAGGCCCCGUUGUUGUAUACACAGAUGGUGGUUCGCGGGGCAAUGGCAAUGCAGGUGCGAAAGCCGGUUGUGGUGUCUACUUCGGUCCAAGAGAUCCUAGGAACGUCCAAGAACCUCUCAAGGGCGAUGUCCAGACCAACAACCGAGCCGAACUAGUCGCAAUGGCCCGAGCAAUUGACCACGUUCCCAUCGAUCGCGACCUUCACAUCAUCAGCGAUUCAGAAUAUUCCAAAAACUGCCUUACAAGCUGGGUUGCGGGCUGGGAGAGGAAUGGCUGGAGGAACAGCAAGAACAAAGAGGUCGUGAACAAGGAUAUCAUCCAACCCAUUUUGGCAAGGAUACGGGAACGUGAGAAGUGUAAUGCUAAGACUCUCAUUACCUGGGUGAAGGCCCACGCGAUAGACGAAGGCAAUAUCGCAGCAGAUGCACUGGCCAACCAGGGCAUGGACAAGUGGACCACUGAGCUUGCAUCAGGAGAGGUCUUUGAUAUGUCAGAGACCCUCAGGACGAAGUACAGAAACCCCAACGAUCCGAAAGACGAAUUCGACGAUGCGGAAGAGAUCGAAGGUUUGUUCCGUGAAAUGGCAGAAGAAAAUCCAAAUGGGUUUGAGGGCGAUCCUCUAGCUCAACAUGAUCCACAGCCCAACGAUUUCCCACAACAGGGAGUUGCAGCUGCUGCGCAGGAGAUCGAAGGUACAUGGCCUGAUGACCCACAACUCUCCUCGAAUGUGAACGGCGAGCAUAAAGAGCCGGAGUUGGGAGUCACGAAUUAG